AUGACGCUCGAAACUUUUAUGGAAGGGUUACCAGUGCCAGCGAAGCAGGCCGAAUUCGCUCGUUUCGCGAAAGGAAUCCCCCUUCCCCUCUUCCGCCAAGGUAAAUCCCCCCUUACCCCCGUUUCCCUCCCGACCUUCUCCCCGCUCUCUCCAGUUUCUUGCUCCUACAAAUGCUCCACUUCUGUUCUCUCGCCUGAGCAGAUUCAUUAUCGGAUUGGGAUGGCCUCUAUUCUUGCCUGCUCGGCUGUAGCAUCAUCCAGCCGCCUCUCAUCAGGCCAUGUCGUCUCCUCUCAGGAGAAGCUCUGUGUAUCCGCUUCUCCUGUCCGCAUGACGUCGUCCGCGCAGCUGCGUACCUCCGCGUCCUCUCCCUGCCUGACCGCGCUGUCGCACAGCCAGUCUCAGGCCGACCUGGAAGUCACAAGCAGGAGCGCGUACCUUCCGGCGACGUCGCCGGCGGUUCCCCUUGACUUCGAGGAAGCCAACGAAGUGACCGGCGAUUUGCCGUUUCCUCGCGAAGGCCAUUCGCUGGCGUUCGUGUAUGGCACGUUGAAGAAGGGAUUCGGGAAUCACUGGCUUAUGCAGAAACUUAUGGCCGACGGCGACGCCGUAAAGAUCGGGACCGCUCAAACGCUACAGAAUUACCCGCUCGUUUGCGGUCCGUUCCAGGUGCCAUUCCUGCUUCAUCUGCCUGGCAGCGGUCACAGGGUUCAGGGGGAAGUGUAUGAAGUGAAUUCGAAAGCGGUUGCUGCUUUAGAUGUUCUCGAAGGGACGGACCGGGGACACUAUAUGCGCUGUCCGUUGAUGCUAUCGGAUCUCGUAAUGAGCGAGAAGUACGCUGCUGGUCUCGGCGACAAAUUUGCAAAUCUGAAGCAAGAGAAUGACGGAGCCGAAGCACCAGUAGCGUUCAUGGCGGAAGCGUAUUUCGCGGGGCUCGCGCACACCCCAGGACUCGCCAUGGCCCGGCCUAUCGAGAGCUACGACGCGAAUGCCGCAGCGACGUACGUACCGAGGAAAUUCAGGCCUGAAGGGAAGACUUUUUUGGAACACGUGCAUUCGUGGAUUGUUGACGAGAGGUUGCUGGCUGGAGUGAGCACGAAGCAGUACAAGUACCCGCUUUCUGUCAUUUGA